AUGGGAAACAACACGUCUUCCACGCGCAAGCUGUCUGCCGCCGUUCGCCAUGGCGCCAGCGUCCGCAAACUGUCCCAAUCGCAGCAGCACAAUGCCCACCAGAUUUUAGAGGAGGAGUUUAGUGAUUUGAUUCUUCAUGAGGUGAAACGACAAAAGCAGGAGCAGGCUUCGUCCAGUGGGCAUCUGCACCUGGCAGACGAUCUGGAGACGAAUAAGCACUUUACGAAUGACUUGAUUGAGGAUGAGUAUAAUGAAUUGAGUGAUGGACUUCUAGGAACAGACACGGGGGAUGUGCAACGAAACAUCUUGCCGACGAACGGCGAGGUUUCAGAUACCGAUCUGGACGGGCUGGCCCGGGCCGGUCGAGACUGGCGGUCGCAGCAGCUGAACCAGCAGCUGAACCAGAACCAGUAUUACGUGAGAAAGGAUACUAGUGAGACCAACAGCGUGGCCAGUGGGUACGAAAACGAGGGUCUGAGCGAUGGAGAACGUAUGGAUGUGGAUGUGGAUGUCGACGUGGAGCCUAGGGAUAGCGAGGGUGUGCUGCUGAGCCUGAAAAGUCUGCUUAACGACUUGCUGAAGGUUGAUUUCACCCGUGUGGCGGCUCCGGCUGCUGCCAGACAUGGUUUCCGUCCUCCUUACCGCCGUGGUGCUUCUGGAACGGGCUCUCCAGCGUUUGGCCGUCGUAACGAGUCCAUGCAAAGCGUAGCUCUGACGCGAUCUCUGAAUCGAUCUCCAGCUCAGGAUGUGUCUAGCCACCCUGUGUUUGGCCCAAACUACGCUGGCGAGUAUGCUGGCUCUGCUGGCGGUAAACUAGUGCCUGUGGAGAUCAAAUGGGUGAAUUCUGCCCGUGAGAAUAUCAAUAAGGUGUCUAUAAUCGGUUCUUUCUCCAACUGGCGUGAUGUGAUCAAGCUUAAGCCGCUGGCGGCUCGGCCCAACGAGUUCUCUGCCACCAUUAGCUUACCUUUGGGCGUACACAAGUUGCUUUACAUCAUCAAUAACGAAUACCGUGUGUCGGAGCUGUUGCCCACGGCCACAGACCAGGAAGGUAUUUUGUUCAAUUGGUUCGAGAUCUUGGACCCACAACGUCUAUUUAAUCACUCUCAGAAGCAGCAGUCUCGUACGGAUGCACUGACAGAUUUCGAUGCUAACAUCAUCCAGGUUGCUGGCCAGCACGAUACGUUUGUUAUCCAGCAAAAGCUGAACCUGUUCCUUGCCAAGAUGUCUAAGGAAGCUAAAGAUGUGGCUAACUUUGAGCACGUUGAACACUUGCCUGAGGAGCCUGAAAAAUAUGUCUCUUAUAACGAAAGACUUUCCUUUUUGGACGACCAGCAAGUCCGCCGUGGACCUUUCGAGUACCUGAGUGAAAUCCCUGAGAUGUUUGUUAAUUACGAUUACUUCAAGAACAAGGCGCCUGAUUACGAGUUACCUGAACCUCCACAGCUCCCUGCACAUCUUAAUAAUGUUCUUUUGAACAAGAUGCUGUCGAACUUUCAACAGAACCAUGCACAGAACAUCCCUCAAGUUGGAGCUCCAGACGCCAAUUCCACUUCUAAUGUGAGCACAAGCUCCACUCCAUCCAGCAACUCCAAGAGACCACCGUUACGUCGUGCUGACAGUUCUUACUAUGCUUCUAACGCAGAAGCUCUCCAUCUACUGAUCCCCAACCACGUGAUUCUCAACCAUUUGAUGACCACGUCUAUCCGUAACGACGUCCUUACAGUGGCCUGUAUCACCCGUUAUUCGGGUAAAUUCGUCACCCAGAUCAUGCACCUGCCUGCUGAUACAGAGAAGUAA